AUGGACGACGACAGCAAAGCAAGCGAGGACCGAGAGGCGGCGUCCUCUACUUCCGAUGGUGUCCCCUCGGAGACCACGUCCGGAUCAGACUCAGGCGAGGAGAUGGUGGCGCCGGCGCCGUUGUUGACAUCGGACGGGGAAGAGGCGGCCACGAAGGCAGUGGCGUCCUCGCCGGACGGACGCUUCCUCAAGUUCAACAUCGAGAUCGGCCGAGGAUCCUUCAAGAACGUUUACAAGGGCCUGGACACGGAGACCACGGUGGAGGUGGCCUGGUGCGAACUGCAGACCCAGCGUCUGACCCGCGCCGAGCGUCAGCGUUUCGAAGAGGAAGUGGUGAUUUUGAAGGCGCUCCAGCACCCCAACAUCGUUCGUUUCUUCGACUCUUGGAAGUCGGUGCUGAACGGUCACAAGUGUACCGUCCUGGUGACCGAGCUCAUGACGUCGGGGACGCUCAAGACCUAUAUUCGUAGAUUCCGCCCCAUGAAGCUGAAGCUGCUUCAGCGUUGGAGCUUCCAGAUCCUUAAAGGUCUUCACUUCCUGCACUCGCGAAGCCCUCCCAUCCUGCAUCGCGACCUCAAGUGCGACAACGUCUUCAUCACCGGACCGUCGGCCUCCGUCAAGAUCGGGGACCUCGGCCUCGCCACCCUCAAGAAAGCCUCCUUCGCCAAGAGCGUCAUCGGAACCCCUGAGUUCAUGGCUCCCGAAAUGUAUGAGGAAAAAUAUGAUGAGGCGGUGGACGUCUACGCCUUCGGAAUGUGCAUCUUAGAGAUGGCCACUUCUGAGUAUCCCUACUCGGAGUGUCAAAACGCCGCUCAAAUAUACCGCAAAGUCACCAACGGAAUAAAGCCAGACAGCUUCUCCAAGGUGACGAUUCCCGAGCUAAAGGAAAUAAUCGAGGGAUGCAUCCGCACCAACAGCAGUGAAAGGUUCACCGUUCAGGAUCUUCUGGACCAGCGCUUCUUCCAGGCUCAGCUGGGCGUGUACGUGGAGCUGGCCGAGGAUGACGACGGCAGUAAGUCGGCGCUGAUGCUGUGGCUGAGGAUGGACGGGACCAAGAAGUUUCACGGCAAGUACAAAGACAACAACGCCAUCGAGUUCCUCUACCAGCUCCACAACGAUGUCCCUGAGGUGGUGGCCCAGGAGAUGGUUGUUUUGGGCUUCGUGUCCGAGUGUGACUACAAGCUGGUGGCGAUGGCCCUCCGAGACGGCGUGACCGUCAUUAAGCGCCAGCGAGAGAAACGCCGGCGAAUGGCCGAAGAUGCCGCCCAUCAACAAGAGGAGGCCGCCCGGCGACAGGAUGAUGCUGCUCAGCCGCCUCAGACAUCUAAUCAGCAACGAGGGAACUCUGACCCGCCAUCCGGGCUACAAGCCCCACCCACUACCGCAGUGACGUCAUCCGUCGGAAGCCAGGCUCAGCAUGUGAGCGACAAGACAGCCGCCGCAGCGAACCGCCUGACUGACGGAGUGGCAGAAGUCCCGCCUCUUCCAGUUGCGUCUCCUUCUCAGCAGAACAGUUACGCCCAGCCGCCUAGGACCCGGCGCUCAAAGGCUCCGCCCUUUCCAGUGCUGCGCUACCCAAGGAGCCUUGCGGUUUCGCAAUACGAGCCCACACAAUCGCUACACGGGUUCUCCUCACCUGCGGACAGUUGCGCUUCUGACGUGACAUCGGGUUUGAGUGACUGCAACGAAGGCCAAUCAGAGAAGAGCUUCCAGGAGGUGACUGAGCGCCAUCCCGACAGGAAAUUGAGGAAACAGAUGAAAGCGCAGCUGAGGCUGACGGGGGUUUCCAACAUGGCCGACCGCGUGGUGGAAUGUCAGCUGAAUACUCACGACAACAAGAUGGUGACCUUUAAAUUUGACCUUGACGGUGACGACCCCGAAGACAUCGCCUCUGUAAUGUUGCACAGAGACUUCAUCUUGGCCAGCGAGCGAACGGUAUUCAUCCUGCGCAUGUAUGACAUAAUCAGGAAGGCGGAGUCUAUGAUGAUGCAACAGAAGCAGACUAGGAUGACGGCCGACCGCUCCUCCAGGACGCCGUCCCGCAACGAUUUGGCGGAGGCUGAGCCGCCCCCCUCCAAAGAUGUCAAGCCUGAACCUGCACCACCACCACCACCAGUGCAGUCUUUCUACCAUUCCUCAACCCCGCCACCUCUCCACGCAGAGGCCCCACCAUCCCCCCAGUAUCCUCAUCCGUCCCAGGUGUACCCUGGGUACGCAUCACCCACCGGUAUCCCGCCUCAGUGGCCGUCCGCCACCGCUUCCCAGGUUACCCCGCAUGUGGGCGCCACCCAUCAAUGGCCACAACCCACGUCCCCACCACUUACCUCCCCUGUGAGCGCCCCCCCUCAAUGGCCGCCCCCCGACCAACCCCUCUUCUCUUUGGCUAACAUGAUGUCAUUAGCCAUGACCAUGGCCCGCUCCUUCCUGCCCCCCAGUCAGAGCUACCACCCCGCUAGCCCCCCGCCCUUCACACCCCCUGUCAGGCCCUUCUCGCCACCCACAUCACCAUCUUUGGGUCGCGCCUCCUUCCCGGCAACUCCGCACUUAGGGACAGGCGGCAGCCAGCAGGGUGGGCCACGCAACUGGAACCCAGCAGAGCUCAGGUACCCCUCACCCCUUCCGCCUCAUGAUUCUCCCCCACGGCCACUGACGUCCCCCUCAUUGCCGGCCCCGCCUCCUCAACAAACGCAAGGGCAGCCCAGCGUCAGGACAUCACACGGACCGCCGGCCACACGUGAAGCGAUGACUCCGCCUACCCGUAACGUGGGUCGCUUCCACGUGAGCAACUCGGAACCCCAGAUGGCACGCUCGCCACCCCCGUCUCAAAUGAGCCGAUCGGAGAGCUCUGAAAGCGUCUCUGAGGAAGAGAGCCAAUCGGAGAGCAGUUGCUAUAGCGACACGGGAGAAGGGUCGGAGGGCAGGAAGAGGAGAAGUGGUCGUAAACUGGCGGGCGCCACGUUGGAGGGGCCGUCCCCCAAUCAAUUGCGGAGCCGCUCGUACGUCACGUCCGACGAUUCCGAUAAUGACGACGACACGUGGGACGAGCUCAAGGAAAUUCGGGAAAGACACAUGCUGGAGGUGCGCCGCCUGCAGGCCAAUCAGAAGCGAGAGAUGGACGAGCUGUGUCAGAGGAUAGGGAAAGCUCCGCCCCUUGGCGCUGUCGCUCCGGCUGCCAUGUUAAAUCAACGCAGGCUACACAGGCCAGAUGUGUUGCCCCCCGCAGGUAUCCUGAGAAGGCGCUCUCUGGAGAGGGCCGGCAGAGUGUCGUUCGUGCCAGGACACACGUAUGUGCCCGACACCAACCUGAGUGUUGAAGAAGAAACGUGA